UAUCUCCUCUGUCUGUGUCUGGGUGCCGUGUCAGAUUAUGGAUGCUGUGUUACGUGGUGAGGAGGAGGGCGAAGGCGGUGCAGCUGAGGAAUACGAACCGGCAGACGACAUCGAAGAGGACACAUCUCCGGUGACCUCUCAGAAAGCCCCCUCGUCAACAAUAACCGCAGCGAUAGGAAGCCUGUUGAUGUCCAUUGGGUCCGAGACGAAGCAGGCGACGUCUCAGAAAGCCCCCUUGCCAACAACGACCGCAGCGAAAGGAAGCCCAUCAAUGUCCAUUGGGUCCCAGAUGAAGCUUGCGCGGUGCUUCAAUAAAGCGUAUUCCUCGGUGUGCGGGAAAUUAUCAUAUGCGGCUUGGCCCUUGAUUCCCAACCGCUUCAGCUUGGGAGACUUUGGCAUCUUCAAAAAUGGCAUCUUCCACAGCAAGGGCAAUAUCUUGGACUUGCAACCACCGCCUUGGGACCCGAACGAUAAAUGCCGCGGUCCAGCAUCCUGUGUGGAUGUAUCCUGUGGCAAGAUCAAGACUGUCAAGAUGGAAGGCAAGGUAGAAGUCGAGACCCUUCCAGCGACGGGGGACGUCAGUGUUGCCUUCGAGUUUCUCUCGGAGAACACCGCGGUCUUAAGGGCAUUCGUGGAGAGGGAACAGAUUAGCAACACUGAUAAGGUCUUAUCGCGACUUGUCCUGCAUCCAUCUUGGAAGAGGGGUUACAAGGUGGUGACAGCCGUUGACAUUGGCAAGCAGUGUGUAGCUCUUGCUGCCGAGAAGAAGUUCGCCAAGGUGGAAUUCAGGGGUGAAGCUAGUAUACUCAAGCAACUCGAGACCCCGUGGAGCGCCAAGGUGAUACAGAUAUGUACACACCCACGCACAUGGAAAGAGAGGGCACGAAAUGCAGAGAGGUCAGACAGACAGAGUGCGCGAAUGAGAGAGCAUACAGAUGAGAAUGGCAUUCAUGGAGUGGCAUACGUUUGUUUGCCCUCCGCUCAGGACCAACAGGGCGACCAGCAGCAGCAAAUACAACCAUUCACAGUGGAGAGUCGGGGAGGGGCCAUGGUUCAUCUCGUUGGGGCAGAAGGCGUGAUAGGGCUUGAGCUGUUGGGAUGGGAAGAUGUUACUGUGGAGGAUCCAAGAGGAAUCUUCCGGGGAAUCUUCCGUCACAAGAGGCCUCUGCCUGGUCAAGUCUUCAUCACCACACUCACUGGUGAGUCAGUGAGAGAGUGAGAUAUGGUACAGACAGACCAAGUCAUUUGACGCCCAUGAUUGUGCUCGUUUUCUGCUGAUAAUUGGUCUGUACUUAUAGGCGACGUGGUGAUGACAUUGGAUGUGUCAGCCCCUCCUACACGACCGAAAGAGUGAAGGCCGACGUGCACAACCAGCUGAGUAUCCCUCCUGAGGUCCAGUGCUUAGUCUUUGCCCACCGUGAGCUCGAAGACGGCCACACUUUAGCAGACUACAACGUCCGGAGCAACGACACGAUCAAGCUCAGCAUCCGUCUGCGAGGCGGAGGCUCGCUGCCAUUAUCUGACUUCUCGGAGGAAGACGGGGAACCAUUGAGAGCUCCGAUUCCCCCGCGGCAGGACACAGGACAGAGGCCGAAAGGACGCCCAUUGAUAUCCAGUGGGUCCCAGAUGAAGCUAGCGCGGUGCCUGAAUAUGCUAGAGACAGCCACAAGACACAAAAUGGGGAGAGAAACUGAUGCUCCCCACGGCACUCCAUCCAUUCAUGAAUGUGUGUCUUUUCCUCUCUCUGUUGGCCGUUGUAGGUAUCCCCUUGUGUGCAACCCUCCCUACGUGCCAGUCAAAGACAACCCCACUGGCUGCUACCUCAGGGACUUCUCUCUGCCGUCAGAAUGGACCGGUCGCCGCAUCCUCGCCACGUUCGGUGGCGCGUCGUCGGCCUACUACGUGUGGGUCAACGGUCAGCCGGUGGGCUACGCGCAGGACUCGUUCAUGCCCAGCGAGUUUGACGUCACGGCCCUGGUGCGGCUUGGCGAUGACAACACCAACACGAUCGCCGUGCAGGUGAUGCGGUUCUCCGACGGCAGCUACAUCGAGGACCAGGACCACUGGUGGACAUCGGGCGUAUUCAGAGACGUGGAGACAUUCGCAGCGCCCAGCACAACCAUCAGUGACUACGUCGUGCAGGCCACACUCGACAACAAAUACCAGUAAGACAGCAAGGAACAGCAAGGAGGGUGUGAGCCAACGGCAGACACAUGCAUGUGCUCUUGCCUUAAUUGCAGGGAUGGCAUACUGAAGGCUCGUGUGCAGUUGGACGGCCUCCAGGAUGACAAGAGCUACUCUGUCCAGUUCCGCCUCUAUGACUGGGAGGGCUUCACCAUGGACCCAUCGACCGAACAAGACAUCAGACUGCCGGUAAGUCGGCACACACGCCGCUCGUGCCUCCCUCACACCCAAAUCGACUGUCGCAUGUGUCGAUCAGGACCUGUCGCCCAUCUUCGAGCACACAGAGGCCGUCACCGGUGGCCAACAGACAUCAACCGAUGCAGCCCCAUUCAAGCAGCGAGAAGAGAUCCCUCUGCUUGCUGAGACAUCCGCAGGCCAAGACCAUCACGCAUUUCUCGAGUGGACGGUGCGCGUGCCGUCUGUCCGCCCCUGGACUGCCGAGACUCCCAACCUGUAUUUCAUGACCAUCGGUCUGCUGGAGGGGGGCAAAAGUGAGGCGCUGCAGUGGGAGGGGAUGAGGGUCGGCUUCCGCACUGUGGAGAUACGUGAGAGCCAGCUGAUGGUCAACGGCAGGCCGAUUGUUGUCAGAGGUGUCAAUGGUCACGAACAUGACCCGAAAGCAGGUGCACAAAGCAAACAAGGGAAGAGAGAGUGUGCUCACUUGUUGUAUCCUUGUUGUGUUGUAUUGUGUCGUGAUGUGUGUCGUGGCGCAGGCAAGGCGGUGUCGCUUCAGUCGACAUGGGCGGAUUUGCGUCUGAUGAAGCAGCACAACAUCAACGCCGUGCGGACGUCUCGCUACCCCAACGCACCAUUCCUAUACGACAUGUGCGACGAACUCGGCCUAUUCGGUAAGACGACAAACAAACCAACACAACACGCACAUGUAAACGCCCCUCAUUGCCGCAUUCAUGCAUGUGUGUAUGGAUGUGUACGUUCAGUUGUGGACGAGGCUAACAUCGAGUGCCACGGCAAAGGCUACUCACCCAUCCUAAAGUAACUAACACCUACCGCACACACUUCACAAGUGACGAUCGCCGUUCUCACUGCCCGCUCCUGGAUAUAUCAGGUACAUAUUCUUCAACUCGAGUGAGAUCCCUUUCAGUCGCCUCGCAUCGGACCCCGAGUACCGCAGCCAGUGGCUCGCGUGCGUCACACGCAUGGCCCAGCGGGACAAGAACCACCCCUCCAUCAUCGUUUGGUCCCUCGGCAAUGAGGCGGGCACGGGGCCCAACGUGCGGGCAGCAUAUCGGUGGCUGAAGCGUUACGAUCCGGCCAGGCCUGUGCAGUACGAGUGUGGUGGGUCUCCCAUUGACGUGUCGGACAUCAAAUGCCCCAUGUACCCGCCGGUAGAGGUCAUCAAGCAAUACGGCCACCAGCAGACAGGUACACGAGGAGAGACGGCGAGAGAUGGCGGGCAUGCAGCCAUGGACCGUGCGUGAUAUUCGUGUGUCUGUUGUGUUUCUGCCUGCCUGCUGCAGACAAGCGUCCGAUGAUAUUGUGUGAGUACCAGCACGCCAUGGGCAACUCCAACGGCAGCUUCAGGGAGUACUGGGAGGCGUUCAGCCAUCACGCCAACCUGCAGGGCGGGUUCAUAUCGGGCUGGGUCGACCAGUGCGUCCCCAAGACGUUCGACAAGAUCGAGGCGUGGGCGUAUGGCGGCGACUUCGGCGACACCAUCAACGAUGCCAACUUCAACAUCAACGGCCUCGUGCUGCCGGACCGCACCAUCAAGCCGUGCAUGCACGAGGUCAAGUAUUUCUACCAGCCGAUCGCCGUCCACCUCCUCGGCGCCAAGGCAGCACCAGGCGGCGACACGGUCACGGUGACGAUCCGCAUCACUAAUCAAUUCAUCCAUCAGAGUGUCACACAUGACAUGAUCCGCUUUGAGGCCGUCUUCAGCACCGACACGGCAUUCGAUGCCUACGAGAGCCAGGCUAUCAAGUGCCCGACGCUCGAGCCUGGCGCAGGCGAGGAGGUCACGGUCGAGGGCAGGAUGCCGCCCAAGAACGCUGCCAUGGGCACAGAAGGGGGGAAGGAGGGCUGCAUUCCUGACGUGUGGAUCACUGUGAGGGCAAUCCUCGGCAAGACGACUAAAUGGGCUGAUGAAGGGUAAGCCAGCACGAGCACGCCUGGCCACAGCACUCAUCACGGUGUUCCUGUGUGUCUUGUCCGUGCAGGCAUGUGGUGGCGACAGAGCGCCUCUCUCUGACCGACAGCUUCCGCGACGCUCUCCCGACCGCCCCCGGCCCCCAAACCUUUCUGCGCUUCCCGCCUGCCGGUGGUGAUGCCGCUAAGGACCUGACGAUAGAGGACUGCGGCGACUACGUGGCGGUGCAGGGAGAGGACUUCAAGCUCGCCUUCGACCGCGGCCGACUGGGGGGGCUCAUAUCGUGGGUGGCCAUACCUUGGUCAAGACAGGAGUGGGCAGACCUCGCGACAAAGCCUGACCAGUAAUGAGGGCGAAAGGAGGGAAACCACGCUUCUGCUACGCACCCAUGUGUGUGUUGGUGGUCAGGGAGUUCGCGAUUGAGUACAUUUGGGACGGUCAUGGCCCGUCGGUGUGCUUUGUCCGCGCGCCAACUGACAACGAUCGCGGGGGAGCGACUGCUGGCGGUGUCCUCGACAUCGCAAGGCAGGUCUUUGAAAAGGGGCUCGGCAACAUUUUGUCGUUCUCUAGCAAAAUACUCAGAAUCGCCAUGAACAGGUGAGACAGCAAACAUGCAGCACGCUGGUCAGGCAUGGAAAUAGCUCUUCUGUACUUGUGUGUGCAGGUCUCCAAUAAGUGAGGUCAUCAACUACGCGUCUCGUUGGGGGAGGGCCAAGCUCUACGACCUACACAAGCCCAUCGGGCACUUCGAUGAACACGUGCGCACAUUGGAGAAUCCGUCAGGCGGCAGCAUCAAGGUCGCCGAGGUGUCUUUCGCCCAGACUAUCGCACCCGGCCAAGCAAUCGAUCCUUACUUCCAGGCACACGCACCGACCCGUGCACACUCUGACCCAUGCACAUAAGAAGACCCUCUCCAGCGGUCUCUUCUCGUUUUUCUUUGUGCAGGUGGACUACCAUUACACGAUUUUCCCCACUGGUGCAGUAAAUCUCGGCUGCCGCGUAUGCGUGACUCCCCAAGCGGCCCGCAUCCUUCCCCCUUUCCCGCGUGUCGUCAGCCAGCUGGUGUGGAAGGGACGAGGGCCGCACGAGAAAUACAACGAUAGGAAAUCGAGCGCAUUUCAGGUGAGAAAGGCAGCUACACACAGAGAGAUACAUGUAUAUGCAUGGAUGCAUAUGAAGCUCUGAUGUCCGUCCAUGUACGUGCGUGCAUGCAGGGCGUGUAUCGCAGCACAGUGGAUGACCAGUACGUGCCCUACGUCAAGCCGUCCGAGCACGGCGGCAAGUGUGACGUUCAGUGGGCGGCCCUCCACACCACGUCCAAGACACAUGGCCCCGCAAACCGCACCACUGGCAGCUGCCUGCACAUCAAGGCGGCCCACUUCAAGGCCUCCCCUCAGCAAGACUGCCCACCACACACACCGCCUCUGCUGCACAUUAAUGCGUCCCGCUACAGCGUCAAGGAGCUGAUGGGUGCAGCCCACACGAGCGAUAUCGGCCAGGGCAUCGAUGUGGACCCCAAUGCACACGUCCGCUCGCCCGUCCACCUGCAUCUUGACCACAAAUAUGUAUACAUACAUCCACACGGACGGACCAGGGAGGGCGAGGGACUGCAUAACAUGGGUGUUGAGUGUUGCUGUGUGUAGGCACAUGGGUGUCGUGGUGAGUUGAGCUGGUAUCCGUGUAUGUACGAGCCCUACCUCAUCCGACCCACCACGCAGGACAGGUCGCCCGCGUCGUUCGAGUACGGCAUGUGGCUGCUGCCGGUGCACGUGGACAGCCAAGAGGAUGUGCUCUCGAUAGCUGCAUGUGCGCCGCAGUGAAUGAAUUGCCGGGCGGGCGGUGACCAUCUAACUCAAUUCGUGCCGUGAUUAAUUGGUUGGUCGGGUGUGUGUAGGAUGUGAUGUGCCUUUCCAUGCGGCACAUGUAUGUAGACUGACCACAUAUUUCUCGUGUCGUGUUUGUUAGGAAGGUUUUCUGUGGCAGUGAGUGGUGUUUGGUGAAUCGUUAACUGGGGAUGCUCGGGUGGCUGGUGUGGGCUGCGAUGUGUGCUUAUUCUCUUUCGCCGGGCGAGGUAUGUGGGUGCAUGGUAUACGAGAGGUAUGGGGGCAGAGGGCGGGAGGACGGGAUACAGCAUUCAUGGCACCGUGUGAGCCUCUUGUCUUAGCCAGGCCUGCCGGGUCAUUCUCCCUUGUCUGCAUCACUGGCAUGGCUGGCUGCUUCAACCGCUCUUGCCCUGGUGGAUGAUGACGCCUCCCUCUUCCCGUCCCCCUUCCUCGUUUCCGUCUUUUUCCUUACCUCCCUUCCCCUUCCUCGCCUGUCUUGCUGCUUUCGCUUGUGUUAGGAGUCAAUUCCUUGGUGGGCGUGUGUGUAGGAUGUGAUGUGGCCUUCCCUGUGGCACGUGUAUGUAGACUGACCACAUAUUUCCCGUGUUCUGACGUCUGUUCACGCAUUUGUUCAUGCAUUUAUUCAUUUGGUGUGUUCGUCUCUGUGUGACGUCCCUAUAUGUAGCGGACGGUUGGGACAGCUAAAUGUUGGCUGUAAUGCUGUGACGUAUCGGUGUGUUUUUGGUGGGAUUCCUUGAGUACUCAAAAUGAAUGAAUGCGUCCACACGCGUGACUGCACGAGACACAGCAACGGUCAUCGGGACUCGCAGUUUGGCAUCCUGCACACAUGGAUGUGUCUGCCUCU